GGCGCUUCUAUUCACGGUCGUCAUCCACUUCACUUGGUGGAAAAGAUCAUUCGUGAACGUAUUCAAGGUUCACUUUACUGGAAAGAGAAAUGUUAUGGUCUAUCAGCUGCUACACUCAUGGACAGAGCUGUUGAAUUAGAAUAUAUUGGAGGAUUAUAUGGCAAUCAACAACCUACUGAAUUCCUUUGUUUGACACUCAAGUUAUUACAACUCUUGCCAGAACGAGACAUCAUUAUUACCCUGAUUCAACAAGAAGAUUUCAAAUAUGUACGUGCUUUAGGUGCUUUUUAUUUGAGAUUGACAGGCAAAUCAAAAGAAAUCUAUCAAUACUUAGAACCUUUGUUGAACGAUUAUCGCAAAUUACGCGUACGUGGUGGAGAUGGCUAUGCUUUAACGUAUAUGGAUAGUUUUAUUGAUGAUCUGUUACAUCAAAACCGUGUUUGUGAUAUCAUUUUACCCCGUAUUGCAAGUCGACAUGUAUUAGAACAAAAUGAUGAAUUAGAACCAAGAGAGAGUGCAUUAGAAGAUGAUUUGGAUUAA